AACUUAUUUACUCGUUCCACUUUCUUGCGUAGUUUGUUGUGCUUUGCAGAAGAUUGAUUUAUUACAGCAAAAAUACAGGCAGCAGCUGUAUUUUGACUUGAAUAAGCAUUUCUAGAAGAUCUAUUUCAUAUUCUGCAUUAAAAUUGACGUCAAGUCAUUGUUCCUGAUAAAUACAUAAAUUCGUGGCAAAAUGUCUAUCCCCUUUAAACCAGAGCAUCUUGCACAGCUGAAAAUAUUUGUUGACUUGUGUAUGGUAGAUCCUACAAUAUUAAAUCGACCUGAACUUUCUUUUAUAAAAUCUUUCGUUGAACAUUUUGGUGGAAAAGUACCUAAAGAUGAACCAUCCUGUAAAAAACCAGAAAGUGCAAAUGUGUCCAAAGAACCAGAAGCUGAAGCUGAACCUGGACCUGAAUCAGAACCAGAAACUGCAGCUGAGCCACAGGCAGAAAGUGAGGAAAGUGAUUUGGAGUUAGACAUGAGCGAUGUCAUUGAACCAGAUACAGAUACUCCACAAAAAAUGGGAAAUCCUACCUUACAGCCAACAGAAGAGGAAAUUGCAGAAUCUCAAGGCAAACGUGCAGAGGCUGUAUCAGCAUUCGUAGAGAAAGAUUAUGAGAGAGCUAUACAGCUUUACACUGAAGCUAUUCUAUUAAAUCCACAGGCAUCUUUGCUUUAUGCAAAACGUGGACAAAUUUAUUUAUUGCUGAAUAAGCCUAAUGCUUGUAUUCGUGAUUGUAACCGUGCCUUGGAAUUAAAUCCGGAUAGUGCAGCUGCUCAUAAAUUUAGAGGAAGGGCCUAUCAUUUACUUGGAAAAUUCGAAGAGGCGGCUAACGAUUUGAGACUUGCUUGUAAAUUUGACUUUGAUGAACAAGCUGACGAAUGGUUGCGUGCAGUUACACCAAAUGCACGGAAAAUAGAGGAACACAAGAGAAAGAAGGAACGCAAGAUGCAAGAGAAGGUGGAACGCGAAAGGCAAGAUAGAAUAAAGAACGCUCAAGAAAGCGCGAAAGCUUUUCAAGAAAACUUUCGUACUUUCCAAGCAGAUCCAACCGGAAGCGCUCCUGCUGGAAUGCCCGAUUUCAGUAAAUUCUUAGACGACGCUGAGAUUGUACAAUCUCUAAUGGAGCCGGAAAUAGCAGAGUUCUGUAAAGAGAUCUCCGCGAAUCCAGCGUCCAUCUUGAAGUACCAGAGGAAUCCAAAGAUCAUGGCGUUUAUCAACAAGAUGGCUUCGAAAUUUGGUGGUGCUGGUAUUCCUGGUAUGCCAGGUGGGAUGCCGAAUUUCCCGAGUACCGAUGGUGCAGCACCACCGCCACCACCACCACCACCACCCUCUACCGAACAAUCAGACGUUGGCCUUGAUUGAGUCGUUGUUCGUUCAUGAAAUUCCUUCUCGUUUUAUCCUCGUACGAUACUCUGCUAAUUCGUUCUAUAGCGAUAUCUUCUACCGAGGAAAUGAAUUUCAUUAUAAAUUGAAGCAUAGAAAACACAGAUACCCUUAUUCCUCUGAGCUAUAUUUUGAAAAGAAUCUAUUAAUUUAUCUUGAGAGAAAAAGAAAUAUAUAACUAUAAUUGUAGAAUAGAAAUUCUUUAUAACGUAUCUUGAAGUGAGAAUCAUAUUUUAGAUAUGAAGUAUUCAAGUAAAUUCUUAAUUAUUAAUGUUUCUUCGCGUUUUGAUUUAUUUUUAAAAUUGCUUAUUUCUGUGGUGUAGAACGGAUUGUUUUCAGAUCUUGCAUUUUCAAUGAAUUUUUUUUUUUUAAUUUCUUGCUAAACGGCUACCCGUUUCUUCAGCUACCCACUUCAUUGUUUCUAUAAGUAUUAUUAAUCGAUGCAAGAUUUAUUAUUAUUAUUAUGUUAUCUGUGUUAAGCGUUUGACGUACAUCACAUAAACCAAUUUAUUUAGUUUGCUCGGUUCGAUUGAAAACUGUGUGUAUUCUUAUCGUGUUCAAGAAUCUUUAAGUAAUUUUUUUUUUUUCUUCAAAUUACUGAAAUUGUAUAUAUUUAUAAAGAAGGGGUACAGAAUGUUUGUGACAGAUUAGAUGCCACGAGUAAAGUACUUGUAACAUGAUUUUAAUUAAUUCAAAUACAUAUUGCUUUUCGCUUUCGUAA